CGCAGUCGCCGUUGUAUCUCGGAUCUCAAUCGGAUUUGGCGGGGUCUCGCGCAGUCGCUCGGAUUUGGAGGAGUCGCGCAGUCGUGAGGGAAAACGUGGUGGAACUAGAGAGGGAACGAGAAAGAGCGAAGAAACGGCGCAGAGCGGAGCAACGAGCGCCUCGGUCAGUCCACUGCAAGACGUCGCGUGGUGCGCGUAUGCGAGAGAUCGCGGAUUUCUCUCAUCGGCGCUUACCAAACGUCAAAAACUGCACGCACGCGCGCACGCGUUUUCACGCAUGCAUCGUUAGCGCGGGACGCUCGCGAUCAGCUGCUCCGUUAAAAGUCAUCGUCAUAGCCGGUCGCAGACACCUGAGCCGUCGCGCGACACUCAUCUCUCUCGUAGAGUUCAACAUCUUAUUGCAACUGUAACUCGACAACGUUGUGACAAGCGGAAGCGCGGCAGCAUGGAUCGAUCGUCCAAGUUGAUUCUACGGAAGGUCAUAAUGGACUUUCUCUGUUUGUUUGUCGUGGGAAUAACGGUCCUGAUGUUCUUCCUAUUUGGCAAACCGUACAAACGCGGGUUCUUCUGCAACGAUGAGUCACUCAAUCAUCCGUAUCACGAUUCCACGGUUACCAACACGAUGCUGUACGUUGUGGGACUUUUACUUCCCAUAUGCACGAUGAUAAUAGGAGAGUAUUUCUACGCAAGACACGUUCCCGAACACAAAGCAAAUGUUUUGUUCGGAUACACCAUACCUCCGUGGCUGUGGAACGCUUACGGAAAGGUUGGCAUUUUUGGUUUCGGCGCGGCCUGCACCGUUUUAUUCACGGACAUCGCCAAAUACACGAUCGGUCGAUUACGUCCGCACUUCAUGGAUCUUUGCAAGCCGAGUAUAAAUUGCACUUUACCUGAGAAUCAGUAUAAAUACUUCGAGAAUUUCGAAUGCACGGCAACAGGAGUAACGGCCAAGUUGCUGAAGGAUGUCAGAUUAUCGUUUCCCUCCGGUCACUCGUCCUUCUCGGCCUACACCAUGAUCUACCUUGCGAUGUAUCUUCAACUGAGACUGAGAUGGAAGGGCAGCAAGCUGCUCCGACACUUCCUUCAAAUUCUGUGCAUUACCAUGGCCUGGUUCACCGCGUUGUCACGAAUUUCUAACUACAAGCAUCACUGGAGUGACGUGCUCGCUGGGGGCGUCCUCGGCACGGUCAGCGCUUUAAUAGUGGCGUUCUGUAUAGCGGAUCUCUUUAAAGAGGACAAGAGUUCCACGGAUAAGCAUCGACCUGCUGAUUACGAAGCUGAGACCAGCGGAAUGGGUGGCACACAGGACGAAUCAAGCCCACUGCAAGCAAGAACGCAAACAUACGGCGGAGUUAGUCCAAACACGGAGGAGGACGCCACGCGCCAUUGUCAAAUUACCUGCGAUUAAAAUUUAAUUUAUAUUACUAAAAUAAUUUUAUUUUUACAUUCUCAACGCUUGCUUACGUAGAAUUAGGAUGAAAUAUCUGAUUACAAGAACGCAAUAUAAAUAUUCCAAAGUAAUUUAUAUACAUACGUAUAUAUAUAUAAGUUAUUAGCUUAGUGUGUAUUUUGAGAUAUCUGACGUUGUAGUUUAGCGUACAGUAUAUUCUAAUAACCGCAAAUAUUAAUUGCAUGUACGUGUACAUACCUGAUAUUUAUAAAAAUAGAAAGAGAGAAAACAAAAU